CUGUCUGAUUCUGUUAUUUCCGGCUCGGAAGACGCGAUAAUCGACGUUGUCCUUGAGAUAUCCAGUCCUGCAGUCUCUUCGUAUGAAGCGAUACAUUUCGCAGAUUGAGCAUCACAGAUAGCAGCUGAAGUCCAUUUAAAACAACACUCCACAAUCAACAUGGCGACCAGUUUCGCUAACACUGGCGAUAGACUAAUGGAGUCUAAUAGUUCAAAAACGGGAAACGAAACGAAAAAAAAGCAACAAAAAUGUGAGAUGUGCAAAAAGGAGUUCAGCAGACCUGAAGACCUGACCACACACAUACGGACUCAUCACACAUGUGACCAGUGUGGCAAAACGUUCUUUAGGCCCAGCUAUCUGAAGGAACACAUGCGGCUUCACACUGGUGAGAAACCGUACAAGUGUAAGACGUGUGACAAGAGCUUCACUUUUCUGAUUAGUCUAAAGGAACACACACGAACUCACACUGGCGAGAAACCGUGCAAAUGUGAAGAAUGCAGCAUGGAGUGCCGUCGGUUGGUUGAUCUGAAGAGGCACAUGCGGACUCACACUGGUGAGAAACCCUACAGGUGUGAGGAGUGUGGCAGCCAGUUUAGACAACUACAAGGUCUGAAGCAACACAUACACACUCACACUGGGGAGAAGCCGUACAGGUGUGAGAUCUGCGGUAGUCACCUCAGUCAGCUGGCUAAUCUGACGACCCAUAUGCGGACUCACACUGGAGAGAAACCGUUUAGAUGCGAAGAGUGCAGCAGACAGUUCAGUCGACUUGACCACUUGAAGACUCACAUGCGGACUCACACCGGUGAAAAACCUUACGAAUGUGAGGAGUGCGGCAAAGGGUUCUGUCGACCUGAUGUUCUAAAAAAGCACGUAUUAAGGACUCACACUGAUGAGAAAACCUUACAGAUGUGAGGAGUGUGGCAAACAGUUCUCAUAUUCAACUACACAAGAGGACUCACACUGGUGAGAAACCGUACAAGCACUUUAGUCAGCUGAGUAAUCUGGCGACCCAUAUGCGGACUCACACUUAAAACGAGGAAAAGUCUGAUCGAAACAUGUUUACGUAAACGUUAGGUCAAUUUUCUUAUCAUUUCAUUUUUAUCUAUUUACCCAGGGUCAGUAUAUCGCCAUGUUGGCGUUUUUCAAAGCUCCCUGCACAAAACACGCAUAAUACAGUAUAAUAAAAUGAAAUGUAUGAACUAACUUAAGUACACUCAUGUAGUCAUAGUAAUAAAACUAUUGAAACGUCACGUCAAAUUAAUGACUAAUCAAGCGUUAGGUCAAAUAAUCUAUGUAAUUGGUUAAAAUAUGUAAUCGAUAUUAACAGUGAUGCUUUCUGGUGAAAUGCUGGUGUUGGUUGUGCUUUAAUAUCUGCUUAAAGAUUUAAUUUCGUGAAGUGUUUUUAGGUUAUAAAAGUAUUUGAAGGGGAAUGGAGAAUGUACAGUAGAUGAAGGGAAACAUGUCUUUAAUUCUUUGCCUCAAUAAGUCGACGCGUUUGACACAACAAAAAAUAAUAUAUCAUUUGAUAUGAAAUGCUCUGUGUAUUCAGUAAUUUGUGAAGCUUCCUAAUUACUGACGUUUCCUAAUGAAGGCAUUUUUUUCGCACGCCCGAAUCCGCAGAAUAAUUAUUGUGAAUCAGUAUUGUGUUGUAAGCCCACGCGCAUUGUACUGUAUUGUUUUUUUUUCUAUGUACAUUAACAUGUACUUAAAAAUGUGCCUUUCAAGUCACCAUUUAAUAUAUAUAAUGUAUUAUCCUAGGAACUGUAGUGCUAUAUGUAUCAAAUAGGUGUCGAUUUUGCAUUGACGCUGCUUCUUCAUUGAUUACUCACAUCUCACGAAUCCAUAUAGACAUAAGAAGGGGAGUAGAUGUUAUCAUUGUUAUAUAAUGGAUAGGAUUGUGAUGUACGUACUUUAACCCUACCUAAAACCGGGCUUUUUUGACGAG